AUGCGCGGCCUCACUCAGGCUGCAGCCGCCAUGCUGACACCCGCGUUGGUGUUGGCCCAUGGACCUCCUCAUCCUCCCCCUCCCCCUCCCCCUCCUCCACCCCAUAUGGGCUUUCUGCCUUCAGCUCUCGACGUGACACCUUCAGCCUUUGUCACCGUCAAGGUCCCUUGGAGCGAGACUGAGUCGUAUCCUUUGACACUGCGAUUUGAUGUGGAGGAGUCAGAAGAAGUUUGCGGUCCUGCCAGCAUCAAGCUCAAUGGCGAGCCUCUCGACCAGGACGCCAAGGGCCAGGGCGUUGGAUCAUUCCUCAUCAACAACGAGACCACUAUCUCAGCCGAUUGGGCUUUCGAGUGCAUCGGACCCAAGGAGUUCCCCUUCGCUCAGUCAAUGCGCUUCAACGUCAAGGCUCUUGAUGACAUGGCCGUCUAUGAGGAGUCUUCCUUCUUGAUGACCUUCAAGCAAACCGCACCUGUCCGAAUUUCCGAUGUUGGAAACGCUGACUACGUAUGGAGUCUGUCCAUGCCCUUCAGCAAAGAGAACAACACCUCCACAGGCGACAAGCCCGCGUCCGAUAACGCGCCUCCGAUCUGGGAGAGCCCCCACCGCGAUUUCCAGGACCCCGAGGAGGAGCUUCAGGUCGAGUUGAUGGAAUUGGAAGCUCUUCACAAGCAGAUUCUUCAGCUUGAGCAGCUUGUUGAGGAGCGAGAGGCGUCUGUUGCUAAGAAGCUUGGCAAGAAGUACCCUCCUCCUCCCCCUUCUACUUACAAGAAGAUCAAGGAUUGUGAUGGAGUUCAGUGUGUUUUGCACACCGUGACUGAUGAGAUGCGACAUACCGCUCAUCGAUUCUACGACCACGUUUUCGGACCUCCUCCUCCUCCCCCACCUCACCAUGGCCCUCCUCACGGUCCUCAUCAUGGAAACGGCACUCACCCUCACCCUCAUCCUCCUCACCACGGUCCUCCUCACCAUGGACCUCCCCCGCCUCCUCCUCCUCCUCCCCACCAUGGACAUCUUCCUUUCCCUUUCCCUGGAGGCCAUCCUCCCCCUCCAGAGUGCCCUCCUUGCUCUUGUGAUCCUCAUCACGGCAACCCUCCCCCUCCUCCUCACCACGGAGAUAAGCCCCACGAGCCUCACCAUGACAAGCCUGAGCAUGGUCCCGAUCACGGUCCUGAGCACGGUUUCCACGCUGAGGGCCACGAGGGUCACCCACCCCCACCUCCUCCUCCCCACCCCAUCAUUGCAAUCCUUGGCAUCGCCGCUAUUGCUCUGGCUCUUUUCAUCGGUAUUGCUGUUGCCUACAUCCACCGUCGCAUCGCUCGUCUCAGCCCCGAAUCUCGACGUGCUAUCCGACGCGCAUUCCGUCAGUCCCCUGAAGAGCGCCGUCAGGGUUCUGCUCUGAAGGCUGCUUACCGUGCUUUCAUUUCUCGAUGGGUCGAGAACGACGAGGACGAGAAGGAGGCCAUGCUCAGCGGUGGCCGACACCGAAGAACCUCCAGCGCUGCGACCAUGGAAGAGGAGAUUGCUUCCUUCCGUGAGGCUGCCAACAUGGUUGAUGGUAUCGUUGCUGCUGAGGAAGGUCACCACAGCCGCGCCCAUUCUUACAGCUACGCCCCUAGCUCUUCUACUCCUUCCCACUCAUCACACCACACCGCCGCAGGAUACCCUACUUUUGCGGACGAUGCAAGCCUUCCUCCCUACGAUGACGAUGAGCGCGACUCAUCCGUUGUCACAGAUGGAUGCCGAUACACUCCUGGCAGCUCCGAUUAUACCCCUUCCAACUCCGGAUCCAAUGCCAGCGACGUCCUCGGCGACACCAAGAACUAA